UUGGACCCGUUUGGGACUGGUUUUGGAGUUGAUAUUGGACUGGUUUGGGACUGGUUUUGGAGUUGAUAUUGGACUGGUUUGGGACUGGUUUUGGAGUUGAUAUUGGACUGGUUUGGGACUGGUUUUGGAGUUGAUAUUGGACUGGUUUGGGACUGGUUUUGGAGUUGAUAUUGGACCCGUUUGGGACUGGUUUUGGAGUUGAUAUUGGACUGGUUUGGGACUGGUUUUGGAGUUGAUAUUGGACUGGUUUGGGACUGGUUUUGGAGUUGAUAUUGGACUGGUUUGGGACUGGUUUUGGAGUUGAUAUUGGACUGGUUUGGGACUAGUUUUGGAGUUGAUAUCGGACUGGUUUGGGACUGGUUUUGUACUGAUGACUUGAUUUGGGGCUGGUUUAAGACUGUUGUUUCAUUGGUAACCUAUAAUGUAAGGGCGCUUUUAUUGGAUUCAUUUAUCUCUCAGUGCGGUCUAACAGGCUCUACUUCACAGUUUUUUCCCCUCAUUGUGGACUUAAAGGCAUUGCGGUGGCAGGUUUGUACCCUCAGUGUGGACUUCAUGUUGCUGCAGUGGCAGAUUUUCCCCUCACUAGGGUUUGACGCUGUGACAAUUUUGCUCCAGUGUGGUUUGAUAGAUUCUUUUAGGUCAGAUUUUCCACUUAAUGCGGUCUGACAGGCACUUAGGAGGAAAAAAUUUUCCCUCAGUGUGGACUUACAGGUGCUACUGUGGGAGGGUUGUGCCCUCAGUUUAGUCUAACAGAUUCUGGCAGCAGAUUGAGGGAUCAGGGAGGUCUGACAGGUGCACUGAUGACGAAUUUUCCCCUAAGUGCAGUCUGACAGGUGCUGUUAAGGAAGAGUUUACUUCAGUGAGGUCUGACAGAUGCUUUAAUGGAUUUUUUCCCCUCGGUAUUGUCUGACAGGUGCCCUUAGAGAGGUUUUUUUCUGUAUUGAGGUCUGACUGAAGUUGAUAAGGCUGAUGUCACCCUAAAUAACGCCUGACAGGCACAUCUGUGAUAGUUAUUCCCCCUCAGCGUGGUCUGACAGGAUUCAUCCUCUAAUACGCUCGUUUUCAGCGACAUAAUCAGAUUAAGUGAGAGCAGAAUGCAAUUUAUCAGCGAUCUUUCUCUGGUAAUGAAGCAGUAAUGAUGCGUUUAACGUGUUCAGCAGCUGGAGGAGGAAGAAGAGGUGAGGAAUAAACACCUGAUGGAGGAGGAGAGGAGGAUUAAUGCAUCACUGCUGGACGUCAGCCAAUCAGAGAGCUGCAAUAACGAUGGAGGAGGGAGGAGAGGGAGGAGGAUGUCAAAUCUUUUUAUAGACGAGGAGAAAAAAGUUUGUCAGUUAAGAGGAGAGGAGGCGAGGAGGAAACAGAAACAAAAGGAGGAGAAGAAAAAACACAGAGGAGGAAAUAAAUAAAUAAAAACGAGGAUGGAGGCUGAGAGGACGAAGAGACGAUCUGAGAUUAAUCUGAUUAAAUGAAUAAACCUGAUUUAAAGACUAAAGGAGGAGAACCAGGAGGAGAAACUGCUUCUCUAAACUAACAAACCAACCAGUAGACGAGAAGAUGAACGAAGAGAACCAAUUGGAAAACCAAAACAGAACCAGUCCAGCUGCUGACACUGAAACACACCUGAGCCAACACCUGGGACAGGUAGCAGCAAGAUGUUGAGUGCCGUCCAGCUGCUGUGUUCGGGGCCUUCAUCAUGAACAAUGUGACGCCUGGCAGCCCUCCAGGUGAGUCAGACCUGAAGGACUACAACUACCUGGCCCUGGUCCUCGGCGUGCCCCUCAUCCUGGUCAUCAUCCUGGGGAAUGUCCUGGUGUGUCUGAGCGUGCUCACUGAGCGCUCCCUGAAGACCGCCACCAACUACUUCAUCAUCAGCCUGGCGGUCGCCGACCUGCUGCUGGCCGUGCUGGUGCUGCCGCUCUACGUCUACUCUGAGUUCCUGGGAGGUGUCUGGACUUUGAGCACCUCCAUCUGCGACGCUCUGAUGACGAUGGACGUGAUGCUGUGUACAGCCUCCAUCUUGAACCUGUGUGCAAUCAGCGUGGACAGGUACAUCGCUGUGGUGGUUCCCCUCAAGUACAACAGGAACCAGUUCAGUGUCCGUCAGCUGGCUCUCAUCACGGCCACCUGGGUUCUGUCUCUGGGCGUGGCCAGUCCCGUCAUCUUCGGUCUGAACCAGGUUCCGGGUCGUGAUCCCAGCAUGUGCAAAUUGGAGAACGAGCAGUUCGUGGUGUACUCGUCGGUGUGCUCCUUCUUCGUGCCUUGUCCCGUCAUGCUCUUCCUGUACUACUGGAUGUUCCGAGGCCUGCGGCGCUGGAGCGGUCGGAGCCGGUCCCAGGCGGGUCGGGUCGGACGUCCGGCUCUGUCACUGCGUCUGGGCUCGGCUCUCCAGCGAGCGAAAGCCACGACCACCGGCAGUCGAGAGAAGGUGGUGUACGUGGCACCCAGCGGACUCAGCCCCACCUCCCUGUCCACCGUCUCCAUGACAACACCCACUGCUACCCCGGUAACGGAGGAGAACCAGCACGAGGCGGUGGCACCGGAGAGCGACCCGAUGACGACCCAGAUGGACAGCGUGUCGGACGGAGAACCGACGGAGAGGAGGGAGGGAGGCAGCCGCAGGGAAAACGGCCUAAAGAGCAACGCUGCCAAGAGAGGACGACGGAACAGCAAGAGCAGCCGGGUCAGCGGCCGAGAACGCAAGGCCAUGAAGGUUCUACCAGUGGUAGUCGGUGUGUUCCUGGCCUGCUGGACGCCGUUCUUCGUCGUCCACGUCACCAAGGUGUCCUGUGGGUCAUGUGACAUCGGUCCCACCCUCAUCUCCGUGGUAACGUGGCUCGGCUACGUCAACAGCGCUGUCAACCCGAUCAUCUACACAGCCUUCAAUGCCGAGUUCAGGAACGUCUUUCACAAGCUGCUCUGCUGCCGGACAUGAGAACGGCCGGAGGUUGGCGAUCCGCCGUGGAACGUUCCAGAAACACUCAGAGACCCGUUCUGCAGACGGUUCUCCAGCAGGACGAAGGUUCCUGACCAAAGCCUUAGUUUAGAUCUCAGCUGGACUGAACCCUCAUCUGGAAGGUUUGGGAGUUUAUUAGUCAGAUUAAAUCUUCGGGCCCAGAGGCAUAAAACAUGAAUAUGUGCAGAACCGUAAACGUUCUUUGAUAUCGGAGUAAUUUUCUGUUUUUAAAGGUUUACCUGGUGAUUAUUCUGAUGACGUGAGUAUUGUUUCGUGACUGAAUGUUUCCAGCAGAGUUUUGUGGUGAAGGAAAUGUUGUUUGUGGUAUUUUUAUCUGUGAAGUGACGACAUGUAGCUGAACAAAGACCUUCUGUGUCGAAGACAGAAAAAUAAUAAAGAUGUUUUAGAAAUGA